GGGAGUGGGAAAGGGAGAGCGGGGAGACUGCGGAGGGGAGAGCGCUGCACAGGGAGUGGGCUCCGGGGACAGCGCGGCCGAGGCAGCGCCCGGCGGGACGCGGCGCUCGGAGCCCCGGGACCGACCUGCAGCCGCCACCCCGGACCCCUCCGAGUGAUCACCGCCGCCGCCGCCAUGGGCUCCGAGCGGGACUCCGAAUCGCCGCGCUCCUCCUCCAUCCACUCGGCCGCCGCCAAGUGCCCCAAGCCCGGCCGCCGCCGCCGCCUCUCCUUCCAGAGCGUCUUCUCCGCCGCCGCCGCCUCUGCCGCGGGCGGCCGCCGCCGCGCCAAGGCCGAGCCGCCCCCCGCCGCUCCGCCGCCGCCGCCUCUGCCGCGGGCGGCCGCCGCCGCGCCAAGGCCGAGCCGCCCCCCGCCGCCCUCCGCCGGCCCCCGCCGCCCCGCCGGCCCCGCCGCCGCCGCCGCCGCCGCCGCCGCCCCCCGAGGAGGCGCCGGUGGUCCCGGAGGGGAGGAGGAGCUGGAGUGCCCGCUGUGCCUGGUGCGGCAGCCGGCGGAGAACGCCCCGCGCCUGCUGUCGUGCCCGCACCGGUCGUGCGGGGCCUGCCUGCGGCAGUACCUGCGCAUCGAGAUCACCGAGUCCCGCGUCAACAUCUGCUGCCCCGAGUGCAGCGAGCGCCUCAACCCCGCCGACAUCCGCCGCCUCCUGCACGACUCCCCGCACCUCGUCGCCAAGUACGAGGAGUUCAUGCUGCGCCGAUGCCUCGCCGCCGACCCCGACUGCCGCUGGUGCCCGGCCCCCGACUGCGGUUACGCGGUUAUUGCCUACGGCUGUGCCAGCUGCCCCAAGCUGACCUGCGAGAGGGACGGCUGCCAGACAGAGUUCUGCUACCACUGCAAACAGAUAUGGCACCCCAACCAAACCUGCGACAUGGCCCGCCAGCAGCGGGCACAGACCCUGCGGGUACGGACCAAGCACACGUCGGGCCUCAGCUACGGACAGGAAUCCGGGCCGGCCGACGACAUCAAGCCGUGCCCGCGCUGCAGCGCCUACAUCAUCAAGAUGAACGACGGGAGCUGCAACCACAUGACGUGUGCCGUGUGUGGCUGCGAGUUCUGCUGGCUCUGCAUGAAGGAGAUCUCGGAUCUGCAUUACCUCAGCCCCUCUGGCUGUACAUUCUGGGGCAAAAAGCCAUGGAGUCGUAAAAAGAAGAUUCUCUGGCAGCUGGGCACGUUGAUCGGGGCUCCUGUGGGCAUUUCCCUCAUUGCUGGCAUUGCCAUUCCUGCCAUGGUCAUUGGCAUCCCUGUGUACGUGGGGAGGAAGAUCCACAGCAGGUAUGAGGGGAAGAAAACCUCUAAGCACAAGAGGAACUUGGCCAUCACUGGAGGGGUCACCUUGUCUGUCAUUGCCUCUCCAGUCAUCGCUGCUGUCAGUGUUGGUAUUGGGGUCCCCAUCAUGCUGGCCUACGUCUACGGCGUCGUGCCCAUCUCGCUGUGCCGGGGCGGUGGCUGUGGGGUCAGCACAGCCAAUGGAAAGGGGGUGAAAAUCGAGUUUGAUGAAGAUGAUGGACCCAUCACAGUGGCUGAUGCCUGGAGAGCCCUGAAGAACCCCAGCAUUGGUGAGAGCAGCAUCGAGGGGCUGACCAGCGUCCUGAGCACCAGUGGCAGCCCCACGGACGGGCUCAGUGUCAUGCAGGGCAACUACAGCGAGACAGCCAGCUUUGCUGCCCUCUCCGGGGGCACCCUGAGCGGGGGGGUCCUCUCAGGGAGCAAGGGGAAGUACAGCAGGCUGGAAGUCCAGGCAGAUGUCCAGAAGGAGAUUUUCCCCAAAGACUCGGUCAGUUUGGGGGCGAUCAGUGACAACGCCAGCACUCGAGCCAUGGCUGGUUCCAUCAUCAGCUCCUACAACCCCCAGGACAGGGAGUGCAAUAACAUGGAGAUCCAGGUGGACAUCGAAGCCAAACCCAGUCACUACCAGCUGGCCAGCGGCAGCAGCACAGAGGACUCUCUGCAUGUCCACACCCAAAUGGCAGAGAAUGAGGAAGAGGAGGAGGAGGAGGAGGAGGAGGAGGAAGAGGACGGUGAGCAGGAGCAGACGUGCAAACACCAAAGCUGUGAGCAAAAGGACUGCAUUGCCAGCCAGACCUGGGACAUCACCCUGGCCCAGCCCGAGAGCAUACGGAGCGACCUGGAGAGCUCCGACAGCCAGUCGGACGACGUGCCGGACAUUACCUCGGACGAGUGCGACUCCCCCCACUCUCAGACUGCAGCAGGCUGCCCACAGACCCCCAAAGCUAGAGGUGCCGAGAGCCCAAGUGCCCACCUGAGCCACUGUGCCCAAGCCGAGGGCUGCCGGCUGGAUGAAAUGGUCCAACUGGAGUGCAUCGAGGCCAGAGUGUGACGUGUCCUCCUGCUGGCAGCACACCCGCUGUCACUGCGUCUCUUGGGCCGGGCUUGUGUCCCUGUUGGCUCCUGUUUGCCAUUCUCCAGCUGGUUCCCCAGCCUCGCCUCGGGAAGUCGCUGUUUCUUACGUGACAUAAAAAGGAAAGGAAAGGAGAAAAAAAAAAAAAAAAAGAAAUCCCCUGCCGUCUUUUUGUUUUAAUUUAUUGGUUCAAAGUCUGUGAGGUGUGUAAGAGUGUAAAUAUGUACGUGUGUCUGUAUGUCUGCAACCAUCCUAAGGGACUCUUGGAAUAAAUAAAGACUCUGGUUGUCAUU